UUCAGGUGAACACGAACAGUUAUUCAAGUGUGAACACGGACUACACGACAGCUUGGGGUUUUUUCAGGAUACCGAUAUAUUUCGCUGGCAUCGUCACACUUCACUGAGGACACAGGGAUAACUUGCUUAACAUGAAACGCUACGUCUUUUUACUUCUAACUCUCUCUGUCACUGUGGCUGUGGAGUACAAGAGUCCUCACAGGGAAAAGAGGGAGUUGCUGAGGCGUACAAAAAGACGGUGGGUUUUGUCAACCAUAGAAAUCUUUGAAGAAGAUCAAGGCCCCUUCCCCAAAACUGCCACAAGACUUUUCAAUGACCAGGUAAAUAACUUUGAGCUUUCAUACAAAAUCUCUGGUCACGGAGUUGAUGAAGAUCCGCUGGGGGUUCUCAGCAUUGAUUCAGUUACUGGCGAUGUCUUUAUCCAUAAGCCCAUAGAUCGUGAGGAGUAUCGCCUUUUUCAUAUCAAAUUUGAUGUCUUUGACAAGAAAACUAUGGAACCGGUUGACCGUCAACUUUCAUUUGAUGUAGAAAUAAUAGACAUAAAUGAUAAUGCUCCAAAGUUUGAGGAACCUCUGAAAAAAGUUAAUAUCAAGGAAAACCAGAAGGAAGGUUUGCUCCCCAUCAGUCUGUCAGCCACUGAUCCAGAUGAAGAGAAUACAGUAAAUUCUAAAAUAACAAUGACCAUAGUUUCACAGGUACCAGCAAAGCCAAAGUUUGGGCUGACCAAAAUAUUGGACUCACAACAAACCCAACUGAAUUUUACAGGGUGCUUUAAUUAUGAGGAAGUAAAGGAAUAUAAAGUCAUUGUUAAGGCAAGAGACCAUGGGAACCCAGUAAGGUCUUCCACUGCAACUGUCUUAAUCAAUAUCGAAGAUUCCAACACUUACCUUCCAGAAUUUACAAAAGCAAAGCAUGAGACUGAAGUGAUUGAGAUGUCUCAGAACACAGUUGUCAUGAGAUUGGCAGUGACGGAUAAAGACACACCCCAAACACCUGGAUGGAGAGCCGUAUAUACAAUCCUCAAGGGCAACGAAGCUGGAAACUACAAGAUCGAGACAGACCCAGAGACCAAUGAAGGAAUCCUAACACUCAUUAAGGCAAAGGAUUACGAGGUGACAACAAAGACCAAUCUGGAAAUCAUGGUGGAGAACGAAGAGCCAUUGUUUGUAUGUAGUCCCAAGGGUGGUAAUGGGGCAGUGGUACCAGCUCCCAAUACUGCAAGCGUAACCGUUACUGUGAUCGAUGUCAACGAUGCACCUGAGUUCACCGAGGGCGAGACUAAAAUAUUUGAAAAAGAGGAAGAGGAACCUGGCAAGGUGCUUUACACGCCCACGGUCACCGACGUGGACUCAGAUGUCAGUGCAAUCAGGUAUGUAUUAGCACGGGAUCCAGCAAAGUGGAUGAAGAUUGACCCAAAAACUGGAGUUGUCACAUCCAAAGAGAAGAUGGAUCGUGAAUCGCGUCAUGUCGUCGAUGGCAUUUACACGGUCGUUGUCCAUGCUAUUGAUAAUGGAGAGCCACCCGGGACUGGUACUGGUACCUUGCUGAUCCACCUCAGUGACAGCAAUGACAAUUCACCUGUCCUGGUGAAGAAUGACACCUAUAUGUGCGGGUACAAGGACAGAAGUAUCGAUAUCCAAGCAGAAGAUGCCGACGGGACUCCGUUUGCGGGGCCCUUCAUUUUCUCAUUGCGGGGUGAAGAGUCACUGAAGAAACAAUGGAAGCUGGAUCCUGAUUUAGGAGAGAAGGCUACCCUGAAGAGCAUUAAGUUCCUGCCCCUUGGGACCUAUACGGUUCCACUAACAAUUCAGGACCAGCAGGGGAAAGCGGCCGAUCAAGACCUCCAGGUAGCAGUGUGUGACUGCGGGGAUGGGACCGAGUGCAAGGGUCUGAAGGAAAAAUCAUCGGUGCUGGGAGGAGCGGCCAUUGCGACUAUAUUUGCUGGCAUUCUGGGAUUCUUCCUUCUUUUGUGCCUGUGUCUGGCUUGUGACUGCAAAGGAGAUCAACAUAAACCCCUGGACUUCCAGGAAGAUGGAAACCAAACGCUGAUCAAAUAUAAUGAAGAGGGUGGUGGCUCUGCAUAUAAGACUGUGCCUGUGCCCCCAUAUCUCUUGACCCCUACAAGCAUCCAUGCGGUCGACGGAGUGAAACAAGCCAGCAUACCGCUCACCCAAAUGUCUGCCAGUUUCCAGCGCAGUGAACACAACGGGACUCUGAAAAGCCAAGGGAUGGGAAUUGGGACAGGCAUGGGCAUGGGCAUGGGCAUGGGCAUGGGCAUGGACCCGCACACAUAUGAAGGCAUGGAGACCAUGGAGUCAAACUGGAGUACCAGGAAAAGCACUACCAGAAUGAAACACACCCAGUCACAAAAACUGAUGUCAAAUGGGACGGUCUCAGAACUGAUUGGAAGGAGGCUUUUCAAUCAGAAGGAGGAUAUGCUGGAUUUCCCUGGAUACCACCCCCAGAUGUAUGCCUACGAAGGCUCAGGUAGUAGAUGCCAGUCCCUGGAUGAGCUGUCGCUAAGCAACUGUGGGGACAACUUGGAUUUCCUGCAGCACCUGGGCCCUAAGUUUAACACGCUGGAUGGAAUUUGCCACCAGGCGAUCAAGGAGAAAAACGUGAAGGUGUAAAGAAAAGAAAAGAAAAGAGAAAGAGCAUGGCUUCAUUUAUCUCCUUCUUUCUAUCAUCCAGUAAGAGCUCCUUGACAGAGUAAAAGCAUCUGCUUGGAUUUCUGAAGACAACGUUUUCCAUUGUUAUUUGUUGAACAAUGUCCUUGAAACCUAAAAAAACAACAAAUACUAACAACAAAUGACAUGGACUAAAGCUGCCUGUCAUCCUUUUGGGCACUGUGCUAAAGAAAAUAAUAUGCCUGACCCUUUUGCUCAUGUUUUUGUUUAAUAUACUCAACAAAUAGCUGCAUUUUAUGGAAUAUGAUGGCACAUAACUGUUUUUUUAAUCAUAACAAAUAUCUCAGCAUAACUAGCCUGUCUUUCAAAGCCAACAGAGCUUUCUGAGAUGUGAUGUUUGUAAAUGUAUACAAAUUCAUGUUAUAGUUACAUAAACAUUAUGGCGAAUUAACAAAAGUAUAUUUAGUGUAUCAAUAAGGCAAAAUGAGCCAUAAUGUAAUAAAUAGGAGGAGAUCAGUUUCAUCUUCAACAUUUCAAAGACAGCCUCAACCCUAACCCAGAGCAUGACAAAUAACAAUGCAGUUUGACUGGCUGUCCAACCCUGCAUAGCUUCUGAUUUAUUUUAGUAGCUUCAUUUAAGCAACUAGCCCAGAUACAGGAACAACACAUACACUACAUAUUUGCUGAUUAUGCUCCACCUAUGCAACUUCUCAGGGUGUGUACUGUACCAUGAUUAAGGGUGCACAGCAGUACCCUAGCUGCCCAAUCUGUUAGAAUGCCUGGCUUAAUUGUGAUGAUGCAUAAGUGAAUAAUAACAUUGGCUAAUCAUAAUCGGUAAUGCACACAUUAAAGCUAAUUAGGAGGUGACACCAUUUAAUAUGAUUAGAUUCUUUCACACGAUUCGCAAUUGUAAUUGAAUCACAGAAUCAGGGUAGAGCACAGCUUUACCAUUGAUUGUUAUGUCCUGGGAAAAUAUUCAUCAAAGCAUUUUUGCCUGCCUUGCAAAGAAUGCAAUGUAGAGAACAGCUUAUUAUCCAUAUGAUAAUAUCAUAAUGACCUUGAUUCUCAUUGUUACGUAUGUGUGUAAAUAGUAGAUACAGUAUAUUAUGAACACUAUGACAAAAGACGACAGGAGCAACAUGCUCAUAUUGUCAGGUGUGCUUUUAGUGGGGUUGGUGAAGGGUAUUGGUGGAUGAUGGGUUUUACUCUAUGAUUUGUACAAUAUAGAGGUUCAGUUCUUGUUACUGUGGUUUGUGCAAUAGACAAUAGAGACAGUAAUAUGUUGGUUUUGCUCAGAAAUACCUGUGCAUUUUAUUCCUCGCAUGAACAUGAGUUCAGUACACAGUGUUCAGUAGUUUCGGAACCUGCUAUCAGCAUGGUCAAUGAGUUAUCUCUCUGUUUAAACAAGGUAGUUCUUUUAUUCAUACACAUUGUUCUUUCCAGUUGGGGUGAACCUAUUUUUAAUGAAAUGUCAGCACAUUCUAUUAUGUCACAUUGGCAAAAUGUUCAAAGACGGACAGUGUUAGCCAUAAACAGGACUUUCAAGAGUUGAGUUAAUGCUGGGAAUGUAGGCAGAAUUACAAAUAUGUCGCUGUUGAGUAUGUGUAUGAAGAGCUUAAGCGUUGUGACUAAUGGGAAAGUCACACACUAACUGACAUGACAUACAACCAUAUUAACUCUUAAAAUUGAUUAUGUUCAAUAGUAUAAGAAAAGUGAGAAUUGACAGUAUUUUUUCAUGUUUAUUUGGUUGUUUGCAUGAUAAUGCAAUAAAGAUAUCUGACUUCUUAAA